UCGUACGAUCGGACGAUUACAGCGCCGCGUUCUGCCGCAAGCCGUGAUCGUUGGCGCAGUAUUACAGUACGCUCGAAGCGUGGUCAUCGCGAGUCGGUUUUUCGUCGUUGAACUGCCACGUAUCGAACAAAUUUCGAGCAAUAAUGGAGAUUCAAAUAUUGACUGCAAAGUCAUCCAAGUUCGUGGCCAAUGUGUCCGUAAAGCCAACUACUACCAUUAAAGAAGUUAAGGAAGAGUUACAUAAGUUAAAGAAAGCACCGCACGUUCAUAGACAAAGCUUGAGACUAGAUCCGAAAGGGAAAGCUGUAGCAGAUUCGGACACGCUGCAAAGUUUGUCCAUUGGCGACGGUGGGAAGUUAUAUUUAAAAGAUCUUGGACCGCAAAUCAGUUGGAAAUCUGUAUUCCUCGUGGAAUACGCCGGUCCCUUAGUCUUAUACUUGUGGAUAUACAAUCGCCCGUGGAUAUUUUAUGGCGAUGUCGUAACAUCCAAGGUCGACGAAACUGUAAACGUUGCAGCUAUUUGUUGGACCAUACAUUACGCCAAGAGGCUACUGGAAACAUUGUUCGUGCACCGAUUUAGCCACGCGACGAUGCCGUUGCGCAAUCUUUUCAAAAAUUCCUCUUACUAUUGGUUGUUCGCCGCGUACGUGGCCUACCAUGUAAACCACCCACUGUACACGCCACCUAACAAACUGAAAUUCAACGUGGGAGUAGUAAUGUUUGCGCUGUGCGAACUGGGCAACCUGAGCAUUCAUUUAGCUUUAAGGAAUUUGAGACCAGCAGGAUCUACAGUGAGGAAGAUACCUGUAGCUACUUCGAAUCCAUUCACGUUCCUAUUUAAUCUGGUUUCGUGUCCAAACUAUACUUACGAAGUUGGCAGUUGGAUCGGUUUCACCAUCAUGACCUCUUGUCUUCCAGCUGGUUUGUUCACUCUCGCGGGUGCGUAUCAGAUGACUGUCUGGGCAUUAGGAAAGCAUAAGGCGUACAAGAAAGAAUUUCCCAACUAUCCGAAAAACAGGAAAUCCAUCUUUCCAUUUUUGCUCUAAAUACUUGGCAGUAAUAUCAAUUUAGGGACGUGUAACAUUGGUAAUUAUAUUAGCCUCGUAUUUCUAAGAUCUCUGGAUUUUGUUACUUAUAUUUUUAUUAUUAUUUGAAUAAAUAAUUUACAUGGGAAUCGUUGUUCUACCGUACUUGUAUACGUCGA